UGAUGGAUAAUGCUCAUACGAAGACAGUGGAGGAGGUUUUGGGCUUCUUCGGCGUGAAUGAAUCUACAGGUCUGAGUUGUGAGCAGCUGAGGAAAAACAGAGACAAAUGGGGACCCAACGAACUACCAGCAGAGGAAGGGAAGUCGCUCUGGGAACUGGUCCUGGAACAGUUUGAAGAUCUGUUAGUUCGAAUCCUGCUGUUGGCGGCAUGCAUCUCUUUUACUUUGGCGUGGUUUGAAGAAGGGGAGGGGACCAUCACAGCCUUUGUUGAACCCUUCGUCAUCCUCCUCAUCCUCAUCGCUAACGCGAUUGUUGGAGUUUGGCAGGAGCGAAACGCAGAGAACGCCAUCGAGGCUUUAAAGGAGUACGAGCCUGAAAUGGGCAAAGUGUACCGGCAGGACAAGAAGAGCGUCCAGAGAGUCAAAGCUCGAGACAUUGUUCCUGGAGACAUUGUUGAAGUUGCUGUUGGUGAUAAGGUCCCAGCCGACAUCAGGCUGACAUCCAUCCGAUCCACCACCCUGAGGGUGGAUCAGUCCAUUCUGACGGGGGAGUCCGUGUCAGUCCUCAAACACACAGACCCUGUACCAGACCCCAGAGCUGUUAACCAGGACAAAAAGAACAUGCUGUUCUCAGGUACCAACAUUGCAGCCGGUCGGGCCAUUGGGGUCGUCGUAGCGACAGGGGUGCAGACGGAAAUCGGGAAAAUCCGAGAUGAGAUGGCCUCUACUGACCCCGAGCGGACCCCACUUCAACAGAAGCUCGACCAUUUGAUUUGUGUGGCCGUGUGGGCCAUCAACGUGGGCCACUUCAACGACCCGGUCCACGGAGGCAGCUGGCUGAGAGGAGCCGUUUACUACUUCAAGAUUGCCGUGGCACUGGCUGUAGCUGCCAUACCAGAGGGUAAAGCCCCCCCCAUGAUCGCCACGCUGUGUAUUUCCGCUUUAUGUUUCGGAGCUGGUUUCGUGCGAACGAGGCCAGAUAAUGUAACAGAUGGAUUCGGCCGCUCGCUGUGUUCCCUCUCAGGACUCCCAGCUGUCAUCACUACCUGCCUGGCCCUGGGCACCAGGAGGAUGGCCAGGAAAAACGCCAUCGUUCGCAGCCUGCCGUCGGUGGAGACGCUGGGCUGCACCUCGGUCAUAUGCUCGGACAAAACGGGCACGCUCACCACAAACCAGAUGUCGGUGUGCAGGAUGUUUGUAGUGGAUAAUGUGUCAGGAGAUCACUGCACCAUGAACGAGUUCACAGUGACUGGAUCUACUUAUGCCCCUGAAGGGGAAGUCUACAAGGACGGCUCACUGGUGAAGUCCAGUCAGUAUGAAGGCCUGGUGGAGCUGGCCUCCAUCUGUGCGCUAUGCAAUGACUCAUCGCUGGACUACAAUGAGGGAAAGGGUGUGUAUGAGAAGGUUGGAGAGGCAACAGAGACCGCCCUCUGCUGUCUGGUGGAGAAAAUGAACGCGUUUGACACCGACCUGAGGGGCCUGAGCCCCGUAGAGAGAGCCACGGCCUGUUGUUCUGUGAUUAAGCAGCUAAUGAGGAAGGAGUUGACUCUUGAGUUCUCCCGAGACAGAAAGUCCAUGUCCGUCUUCUGUUCAUCCAACAAACUCACCAGGUCAAGCACUGGAGCGAAGAUGUUUAUCAAGGGAGCUCCAGAGAGCGUUUUGGAGCGCUGCAAUUAUAUCCGCGUCAGCGGCUCUGCCCGUGUGCCUUUGACCCCGAGUGUUCGAGAGCAGCUCCUGACCACCGUGCGGGAGUGGGGAUCAGGGCGAGACACACUCAGAUGUCUGGCCAUGGCCACUAGAGACAUGCCCCCUGACAUCCACAGCCUCAAUCUGGAGAACUCAGCUGCCUUUGCCAACUACGAGUCGGACCUGACCUUUGUGGGCUGCGUGGGGAUGCUGGACCCCCCAAGGAAAGAGGUUCUUGGUGCAGUUCGGAUGUGUCGCCAGGCUGGCAUACGAGUCAUUAUGAUCACAGGGGACAACAAAGGGACGGCUCUGUCCAUCUGCCGAAGGGUGGGCAUCAUCACCGAGCAGGAGGAGCAGCAGGAGGGCGCCGGGGUCAGCGGCGGGCUCACGGGCCGGGAGUUCGACGAGCUGCCGCCUCACCUGCAGCGCCAGGCCUGCCGGACGGUGCGCUGCUUCGCCCGCGUGGAGCCGGCCCACAAGAGCCGCAUAGUGGAAUAUCUCCAGAGUCUGAGCGACAUCACUGCC